GUACAAAUUUGUUGCCAUGUGCAUUGAAAGCGGCGACAUCAGGAGGAAAGUUCGCGGGGAAACGUUUUCUAUAAAACGGUCCGGCAUGAGAGAAACUUCACCAGUGCCCCGCUGCGAGGUCGCAGUGAGAUUUUGUUACAUGUAUAUCGCUUUGUUUUUGUCUUCUGUGGUGCGUUCCCCAUAACUACAGCUACGACAUACUUUAAUUGAUAAACUUUUUUAUCCACUUCAUUAUCUUUACAAUACUAUUAUCUAAUCUUAUUGCACAGUAUAUAUUUGAUAAUUUGUGAUAUUCAAGGAAAGAAAGUUAUGUUUCUAACAACGCCGAGAAGUUCUAAUAUAUGGUUAGUGUACGGUAUAAUUGUGAUGCAGAAUUUUUUCAUCGUAUCAACCCAUGGUGCAACUAUUGUGUUCGAUCGAGAGCCCAACAUUGACGUAGUCUCCGAUAUGUUAGAGAUGCAACUGGUUGAGCAAUACGAAUCAACAAACCUGGACAACGGUAACGAUUUGGGGCUUUAUGACGUGAAAGAGGAUAUUCGACGAUUAAAAAAUCCUAUGAAAAUGGGAAGAAAACCUAUUAUGGAUGUCCCAAGAAAGAGAGAAAGCACACGUCUUUACGUCAGUCCGUUCAUAAUCAGAAGAAACUACUUUCAGAAAGCAGAAACGCAGAAAGAUCAUCCUAAGGACCAAGAAGUAACUGGAGGAACAUUUUCCCGAAUUCCAUUCAUAUUUAAGCGUCCAAUGAAGAAUUUAAACCAGAAAGACUAUAUGUACUGAAAAGAAUCAAUCAACCAAGUUUAUGUUGCUUUCUUAACUCGUUGGCGAUGAAAAACAAACGUUGAUCUUUCUAGGCACUAGCAGACGAAGAAAAAUUUUAAACUCAUGUUUACUUUACAAUGCUGAAUAAUGCAUAUAUACAUAUACAUGCGUACUUCUCUUUCUUUUUAAAAUUCAACAUUUUGGAAUGUAGGCAACAUCUAUUCAUCAAAAUUUGUCCGAAUCAAAGCCUCAAAUUAAAGAAUAUUUUUGCACACGGAAGCGAUGUAAACGAAUUGGUAGUUGUUCACUUUGCCAACUAGAUCGUGUCGAUAACAUGGGAUCCUUUAAAUUGAUAUAGAACCCAUAAAUUUUCUUGACGUUUUCUCUACUUUACACAAUUGCUUUUGUUCACUGAAUGUCUUAUUUCAACUUUGACCGUUAAAAAAAUUAAUUUCUUGUUGGGCCGAACACUAAGUUUAU